GGCCAAUCAGAUAGCACAUGGGCGGGUUUUUCAGCUGCCACUCACAGCCCUUAUAAACUUUGUGUACCGUGACUGGACGCUAUUUCUCCUUUCUUCUCCUUCCUAGACGAGUGUACAGAUCAAAUAUGCUGCUUCUUGCGAUCCUGGCCGUCGGCCUGAGCACCGCAGCCUCGGCUCCUCCACUGGACCCGGAACUUGAUGACCACUGGGACAUGUGGAAGAGCUGGCACAGUAAAAAAUACCAUGAGAGAGAGGAGACCUGGAGGAGGAUGGUGUGGGAGAAGAACCUGAAGAAGAUUGAGCUGCACAACCUGGAGCACACCAUGGGCAAACACACCUACCGUCUGGGCAUGAACCACUUCGGAGACAUGCCUCAUGAAGAGUUCAGGCAGAUGAUGAAUGGUUACAAGGCCAAAAAAGUGCACAAGGUCAAGAGCUCCAUGUUCCUGGAGCCCAACUUUGUGGAGCUGCCCCGCUCUGUGGACUGGAGGGAGAAGGGAUUGGUCACCCCAGUCAAGGAUCAGGGUCAGUGUGGUUCCUGCUGGGCCUUCAGCACCACUGGAUCUUUGGAGGGUCAGGUCGCCAGGAAGACUGGUACGCUGGUGUCUCUGAGCGAACAGAACCUGGUGGACUGCUCCAGACCUGAAGGAAACGAGGGAUGCAAUGGAGGCCUGAUGGACCAGGCCUUCCAGUACGUGCUGGACAACGGAGGCCUGGACUCCGAGGACUCGUACCCCUACCUGGGAACUGAUGACCAGCCGUGCCACUACGACCCCAAGUACAACUCCGCCAACGACACCGGAAUGGUGGACAUCCCCAAAGGCAAGGAGCGCUCGCUGAUGAAGGCCGUGGCCACCGUCGGACCUGUAUCGGUCGCCAUUGACGCCGGGCACGAAUCGUUCCAGUUCUACAAAUCAGGAAUCUACUACGAGAAGGACUGCAGCAGUGAGGAACUAGACCACGGCGUGCUGGUGGUUGGGUACGGCUUUGAGGGCGAGGAUGUUGAUGGCAAGAAGUACUGGAUUGUGAAGAACAGCUGGAGUGAAAACUGGGGUCAAGAUGGUUACAUCCUGAUGGCCAAAGACCGAAAGAACCACUGUGGCAUUGCAACGGCUGCCAGCUACCCUCUGGUCUAGACUGCGUCUAGUUUUUUUUUUCAUUCUUGCAAUAGCUUCAACACGAUGCUUUGCACGCACUCAGUGGAACACAUUGACAGGAGAUUCUGCGGUGUCUGUUUUAUUUUCAUUUUUUUAUCCGCUGUUUUUAGGGAAAUGAGGCCAUGCUGUUUGAUUUUAUGUCACUUUAUUUGUGUGAAAAGAUUUUAAGCGGCUCCCUGUAAAUAUGUGUGUGCGCGACUUGGUGAGUGGGAAGGAGUUAAACAUGCCUCUUGUAAAUGAUUUGUUUUUGUACUUUUCAUGUGAUCAAUAAAAAUAGUAAAACUCCA